UGUAGGAAGAAGGCAGGUUGUGGUGCGAUCGGGUUUUUGCUUCUGGUGGCUAUAGGUGCUGUGGUGUAUGUUACUGUGGGAAAAAAAUCCGAUCAGUCAACUGGUGGACCCUACGAAAGACAGGCUGUUGCAACGGAUACACCGCAGUGCUCCCAAAUCGGCAAAGACAUUCUCAACGCCAACGGUUCGGCCGUGGAUGCUGCCAUCGCCGCCAUGUUCUGCUUGGGGGUUAUAAGCAUGCAUUCGUCGGGGAUAGGAGGAGGUGGAGUAAUGUUGGUGUACAACAGAAGCCUCCACGAAGCCAGUGUCAUCGACUUCAGAGAAACCGCUCCAGCACUAGCAUACCGGGACAUGUUUAAGGGCAACGAGCAGAAAGCCCAAAAAGGUGGUCUGUCCAUUGCCGUGCCUGGCGAGGUACGCGGUCAAUACGAAGCCUGGAAACGAUAUGGCUGGUUGCCGUGGAAACAACUUGUUCAACCUGCCAUCGAAUUGGCCAGAAAUGGAUUUAAAAUAACAGCAGCUGUGGACGAUGCUCUGAAAACGACAAAAGGAUUAGAACAGGACAUCAGAAAUGAUCCAGGAUUGAGCGAACUGCUUCUGGAUAAAAACAAAAAGCUUCGUAAAAAAGGAGACAAAAUCAAGAACGAAAAGUACGCAAAAACCUUGGAACAAGUGCAAAACGAUCCCGAAUCGUUUUAUAGUGGACAGCUGGCCAAUGAUAUCGCGGAAGACAUAAGAAUAGUUAAUGGCAUCGUAAAGUUGGACGAUCUGAGAAGAUACAAGUUGAUCAACAGAAAGCCAUAUAAGGGUGAACUCUCGGGCAUGAAUAUGUACCUCACCCCACCCCCCACAAGUGGUCUGUCGAUUGCCGUGCCUGGCGAGGUACGCGGUCAACACGAAGCCUGGAAACGAUAUGGCUGGUUGCCAUGGAAACAACUCGUUCAACCUGCCAUCGAUUUGGCCAGAAAUGGAUUUGAAAUAACAAAAGCUGUGGACGAUGCUCUGAAAACGACAAAAGGAAUCGAACAGGACAUUAGAAAUGAUCCAGGAUUGAGGUCAGUUCAUAUCACCUGCUAA